CUAGAGGCUUUUGUUCGCCUCCGUGACGGUUGGAUGUAGUUCCUGUAACUACGCAUAUUUUUUAUCUUGGAGACUGCGUACGCGUUAUCCCUGUUUCUCUUUUAUUUCCAAAAUCGUUGUGAUUGGCGUAGGAGUGUAAUAACUCUGCUCAGAGCCAUAUAUUGAAUGAAUGAAUGAAUAAAUAUGAGCCCGUCCACAAUCUUGCUCAGGGUUGUUCCAACUUCUUGGUAAGAUACGUAAAUAUAUAUAUUAAUAUUGUUGAAGUGCGGUAAAAGCAAUAUGUUUAUGCUGUUAAUGCAUUUAUAUACAAUGCACCACAAGAGACUGUCAAACUGAUGUGAUAAGAAAUCAGCAGAAAUCAACAGAAUGGAAGAAAAUGAAGGAUAAUGUAGAAUAAAAUGCAUCCAUACUGAAUCCAUCGUCAUCAUAAAAAAGAAACAAGAAACCCUAACUCAGUCAAUAAUUCGUCAUGGGCGAGCGAAACAAAAUAUCAAUUGAUUCUAUUUCAAUAUUUUAAUUUUACCCAAAACUAGGUUAUGUCAAUUCGAGACGAUGGGUUUCUUGUAGAAUAAAUGAAAAUAUCAAAUGGCAAACGAAAUCAAAAGCAAGACUAUAUUGCACUGGAACUGUCGAGGUCUUAUGAAAUUACCAAAAGCGAUAAAACUUUAUGGUAGUCAUAUAAAGGAGAUAUAUCUCAAGUGGAACAAGCUUACUACUUUACCACCCUGGAUAAUGAAGUUAUUUAAUGUAACUAGCUUAUACAUGCAUGGCAAUUUAAUUGAACAGCUGCCUGUUGAAUUUGGCAAGAUGAAUCAGUUGACAGUACUGAAUUUAGAUGCCAAUCAAUUGAAACAGGUACCUAUCUGCAUUGGUAAUCUGAGAAACUUAAAGCACUUAUCUAUGAAUAACAAUUUCAUAGAAGAAUUACCAAUUGAAUUGAGUCAACUGAGUAAUCUGCAAAUACUAUCUGUCUCGAGCAAUCAGAUUAUUGCACUACCAGAAUGGACUGGCUCUCUACCAAAACUUGAAGAAUUAUAUGCAGAUAAUAAUCUACUGAAAGAGCUACCUAAUAGAUUAACACUGGCUCCUGAGCUUUCCAUGAUCUCUGUGUCUUUAAAUAGGUUAACAUAUUUUCCAUUAAAUGGAUUCUUGUCAUCUCCUGUUAUUAUAUUUGAUGCAAAUGAAUAUUUGAAUUAUGUAUCAUAUCCGCUUCUACUUCAAAUUCUAUCCCAAGGGGCGAUUAUCAACAGACUUUCUUUAGCAUAUGGAUGUUUCAAAACACACUACAAUACUAAUGUGUCAAGCACAAAUAUAAAGCUGUACAUUGAAACGAAAGGAUUGUAUGAAAAUAAAACUGAUAUUAUAAUCGAAUUACCACGGCAGCUUUUGAAAAUUCACAAGGUUCAUGAGAAUGUAACUUGUUCUCUGUGGGAAUUAGCACUGAGAAAAAUUUAUACUGAAAGGUAUAAGCAUACACUUGAGCUUGAUAUUUCUUCCCCGAAUGUAACAAUAUUCUACAGCCUGCUUCCUAAGGAUACUAAACUGGACUUCAUAUUGUCUACUAUGAACUGUAUUUCGUACAAUUUAUUAACAAACGGACCUAUCAGCAUCUGUGUAAAUUCUCAGUGCGAGCAACCCAUAUUCACAGAAGCAUGGACCAUUGUCGGUGUUCAUAGUAUGGUGGUGAUGGAGACUGUGAUAACAAUAGCUCUAUGUUGUAGUAAAAGCUGUGCCUCUGCAUUCACUACACAUUCGAACUUUCUUAGAAAAUUUCGUUGGCACUCCAUCAACUGAUGAAUCCUCUUUGUUGAAUGUUUAAUUAAAACAUUUCUGUAUAUAUAAAACUUAACAGAAAAAUAAAAUUAACUUAACAGAAAAAAUAAAAUAUUACGUGCGUUAAUACCUCUUGACAGUACAGACAUUCUCAAUUUCAUAAACUAAACUGCCCAUUUCAUUGUAACUUUGAUUUAUACCAUUUUAAUGAUAAUGACUUCCAGUUGAUAAUGCCCAGUAUGAAUUUAAGUUCUAUAAUGUAAUGAAAUUAUGGAAUUAACUUAUCAGAAAAUAGUAGUUAAACAG